UCCCGCCCCGUGUAGCCAUCUUGAAUUUCUGAACAAAAAAACAGGGUGAGACAGAAAGAGACAGAUAAAUCAGAGAGGUUCUAUGUCUAUUGUAUAAUAUGAUCGUGGUGAGAAAAAGACGAAUUUAACGAAAAAAUAUGAAACAAAGUGAAUCGAGCGAGGGAGGACAUUGGCCGCACCCCACUUUAACACUAACUGGUAGCUUGCCAGCUAGCUGUAUAUAGGGAUAUCUAGCUAGUUAGCCUUAGCCAGCUAGCUACAGUCACUGGAAGAAUUAAUUCGUUUAGGGGGAACAAGAAGAAGAAAGGCCGUGGAAAUGGAUCGUAUGGAUUGAGUGGAGCUUGUCGGGAAAGGACAGGAGACGGGGGGUCGUAAAGAGAGACGGAGAAGACGAUUUAUUUGAAUCGUAGCGAGAGGGAUCGCAGUCAGCCGCGGCGCUGGCCAUGCCAUCGAGCGCUCGGGCGGGGAGCCUGAAGGACCCUGAUGUGGCCGAGCUGUUCUACAGGGACGACCCGGAGAAGCUGUUCGCCGACCUGCGCGAGAUCGGCCAUGGCAGCUUCGGGGCCGUCUACUUUGCCCGGGACGUCCGCUCCAACGAGGUGGUGGCCAUCAAGAAGAUGUCCUACAGCGGCAAACAGUCGAAUGAAAAGUGGCAGGAUAUCAUCAAAGAGGUGAAGUUCCUGCAGAAGCUGCGGCACCCCAACACUGUGGAGUACAGAGGAUGCUACCUGAGAGAGCACACUGCCUGGUUGGUGAUGGAGUAUUGUUUGGGUUCUGCUUCAGACCUCUUAGAAGUUCACAAGAAGCCGCUACAGGAAGUGGAAAUAGCCGCCAUUACCCAUGGUGCACUGCAGGGGCUGGCGUAUCUUCACUCGCACAACAUGAUCCACAGGGAUGUCAAGGCCGGGAACAUACUGCUGACGGAGCCGGGCCAAGUGAAACUGGGGGACUUCGGCUCUGCCUCUAUCGUCGCCCCCGCCAACUCCUUUGUGGGCACGCCCUACUGGAUGGCCCCGGAAGUGAUUCUUGCGAUGGACGAGGGCCAGUAUGACGGCAAGGUGGAUGUCUGGUCACUUGGCAUUACCUGUAUAGAGCUGGCGGAAAGAAAGCCGCCACUAUUCAACAUGAAUGCUAUGAGUGCCUUAUACCACAUCGCCCAGAACGAGAGCCCGAUCCUGCAGUCCAACCACUGGUCAGAUUACUUUGGGAACUUUGUGGACUCGUGUCUGCAGAAGAUCCCGCAGGACCGGCCCACGUCUGACGUGCUGCUGAAGCACCGCUUCCUGUGCAGAGAGCGCCCCCUGUCUGUGGUGCUGGACCUGAUCGCGCGCACCAAGGAUGCAGUGAGGGAGCUGGACAACCUGCAGUACCGCAAGAUGAAGAAGAUCCUGUUCCAGGAGACGCACAACGGCCCCGCCCCUGAGGGCGUGGAGGAGGAGGAGGAGACGGAGCAGUACCUGCUGAGGACGGGCACGGUGAACAGCAUGGAGAGCUCGCACUCGGUGCCCUCAAUGUCCAUCAGCGCCAGCUCCCAGAGCAGCUCCGUCAACAGCCUGGCCGACGCGUCGGACGACAGCGGAGAGAUGGCCAUGAUGCAGGAGGGAGAGCACACGGUCACCUCCAACAGCUCCAUCAUUCACAGACCGCCGGGCCAUGACAUCAUCUAUGACGACCCGUACCAGCCCGAGACUGAGGCCCAGCAGCAGGCCUCAUCCGCCGCCCGCCGGAGAGCCUACUACCGCAACCGCGACCACUUCGCCACCAUCCGCACCGCCUCGCUGGUGACGCGGCAGAUCCAGGAGCACGAGCAGGGCUCGGCGCUGCGGGAGCAGAUGUCCGGCUACAAGCGCAUGCGGCGGCAGCACCAGAAGCAGCUGGUGGCGCUGGAGAACAAGCUCAAGGCCGAGAUGGAGGAGCACCAGCUGAGGCUCGACAAGGAGCUGGAGAACCAGAGGACCAGCUUCAGCGGGGAGGCGGACAAGCUGUCCAAGAAGCACCAGGCCAUCCUGGAGAAGGAGACGAAAGCAGCGGUGGCAGAAGAGAAGAAGUUCCAGCAGCACAUCCUGGGCCAGCAGAAGAAGGAGCUCUCCAGCCUGCUGGAGUCGCAGAAGCGCCAAUACCGCCAACGCAAAGAGCAGCUGAAGGAGGAGCUGAGUGAGAACCAGUCGACGCCGAAGCGGGAGAAGCAGGAGUGGCUGGUGCGGCAGAAGGAGAGCCUGCAGCAGAAGCAGGCGGAGGCGGAGGCCGGGCUCCUGCGCCGCCAGAGGCAGUACUACGAGCUGCAGGGCCGCCAGUACAAGAGGAAGAUGCUGCUGGCGCGACACAACCUGGAGCAGGACCUGCUGAGGGAGGACCUGAAUAAGAAGCAGACGCAGAAGGACCUGGAGUGCGCCAUGCUGCUGCGUCAGCACGAGUCCACGCAGGAGGUGGAGUUCCGGCAGCUGGCCCUGGUGCAGCGCACGCGGGCGGAGCUCAUCCGCACACAGCACCAGACCGAGCUCACCAACCAGCUGGAGUACAACAAGCGGCGUGAGCAGGAGCUGCGCCAGAAACACGCCGUGGAGGUGCGGCAGCAGCCCAAGAGCCUGAAGUCCAAAGAGCUGCAGAUCAAGCGGCAGUUCCAGGACACGUGUAAGAUCCAGACACGGCAGUACAAGGCCCUGCGGAACCACCUGCUGGAGAGCACGCCCAAGCCCGACCACAAGGCCGUGCUGAAGAGGCUAAAGGAGGAGCAGACCCGCAAGCUGGCCAUCCUGGCAGAGCAGUAUGACCACUCCAUCAACGACAUGCUCUCCACCCAGGCUCUGCGAUUGGACGAGACGCAGGAGGCGGAGUACCAGGUGCUGCGCAUGCAGCUGCAGCAGGAGCUGGAGCUGCUGAACGCCUAUCAGAGCAAGAUCAAGAUCCACACCGACUCCCAGCACGAACGCGAGGCCAAGGACCUGGAGCAGAGGGUGUCCAUCCGCCGGGCGCUGCUAGAGCAGAGGAUCGAGGAGGAGAUGCUGUCCCUGCAGAGUGAGCGGUCGGAGAGGAUCCGCACGCUGCUGGAGCGGCAGGCGCGGGAGAUCGAGGCCUUCGACUCGGAGAGCAUGCGGCUGGGCUUCAGCAGUAUGGCGCUGACGGGCAUCCCGGCCGAGGCCUUCAGCCAGGGCUACCCCAACCCGCCGGCCGCGCCCGGGGGCUGGCCCUCCCGCCCCGUGCCCCGGUCCGGCAGCCACUGGAGCCACGGCCUGCACCCCCACGCCUCCGGGGCCCCGCCCGCCUGGCGCAGCCACAGCAGCUCCGCCCACGGCCUGGGCCAGUCUCCCUCCUCCUCCUCCCACCACCACCACUACCUGCCACAGCACCACCACCACCAGAGCACCCCGCAGCUGUACCGGGAGAGGGACCGGGACAGGGACCGGGAGAGGGAGCGGGACUGGGGCGGGCCCCACCUGUCCUCCCACGCGCACCACCUCCUCUCCUCCCACAGCUCCUCCCAGUCCCUGGCCCUGCUGCCCCCGGCCCCCCUGCCCCCCCCGGCCCUCUCCCUGUCCUCUUCCUCCCCGCCCUCCUCCUCCUCGUCCUCCUCGUCCCAGGGGGGGUACGGCGGGGGGCCCGGGCUGGUGGCGCGGGGCCCCGGCCUGGCGGCCCUCAGGAACAGCCCCCAGCCCCUCAGGAGGACCGCCUCUGGGGGCGGGGCCGCGGGCGGGGACGGGGGUCUGAGCAGGAGCACGUCGGUCACCUCCAACAUCUCCAACGGCUCGCACCUGUCCUACUCAUAAUGAGGCCGGGCGGGCGGGGCGGGGCGGGGCGGGCGGGGCGCACGUGCGUUUGGCAGGGGUGCUUCCACAGACAUGGAGAGAAGGACUGGCUGAGAUGGGUGUGUGACAGUCAAAAGGCACGGAGAGAGCGAGCGAGAGAGAGAGAGAGAGAGAGAGAGAGAGAGAGAGUGGGGUGAUGAGUCCUAACAGGUGAAGGAGAGACAGAAGAGAGCAGGGCGUGAAGAAGUGGUGAACGCAAAAGGAGAAGGCAGGAGUGAAAUGUAAUGUAAAUAAUGCAAAAAAGAAUUAAAAAAUCAAACCGCUAAAAUAAUUUAUCAUUAUUAAUGAUAAUAAUGCUUCAUUAAUGUACUGAGAAAAUGUAUGAGUGAAGAGAAAAAAGGUAGAGGCAAGAGGUUAAGGGACAGAAUAAAAGCAAACAUUUUCUUGCAAGAAUGUGAAGAAAUGGUAAAUAAACACGUCAAACUUUACACUGCCAUCUAGUGGUCGAGCCCAUGUACUACAACUCUGUUUGCAGCCUUUAGAUCUGUGGUCCUCACUCCUGGUCCUGGAGAGACGUAGGCUGUGCUGACUUCUGUUUUCGCCUUUAGAUUCAGACCCAAGAAACCAGGUGAGGUGCGUUAACUGUGUAAUUAACGGCUUUAAUUUAUCAAUUAAGUGCAGAGUAACAACAAAAGCGGACGCCCUGCGGCUCUCCAGGCCCGGGAGUGAGGACCGCUGUGGUAAAGUGUGGUUGUCCCAGCAGGAAGAGGAGUGUACAGGGAGCUGCCCGUUGACCUGCUCUGGGUCCUGGGUGUGGGGGAAGUCCUCCCUGCUUUCCACUGCAAGCGCACUGAGUUUGUAUAUCUGAUGUGUAUGUACGGGCAUCGCAUUCCAAUGCAUGAAGUUAAUGUACAGCCAGCGUAUGUACACACUCACACACACACACACACACACACACACACACACUCACACUCACACUCACACACACUCACACACACGUACACACUCACACACACACACACACACACACACACACUCACACUCACACACACGUACACACUCACACACACACACACACACUCACACACACACACACUCACUCACACUCACACACACAUACACUCACACACAUACACACACACACUCCCACACACACACAUGCACUCCCACACACGUACACACUCACACACACACACGUACACACACACACACACACUCACACACACACGUACACACACACACACACUCACACACACACACACACACACACGUACACACGCUCACUCACUCACACUCACACACACAUACACACACACUCACUCACACACACUCACACACAUACACACACACACUCCCACACACACACAUACACUCCCACACACACUCACACACACGCAUACACACUCCCACACUCACACGCGCGCACACACACAUACACACGCGCACACAUACGCACACACUCCCACACACACACACACUCACUCAUACACACACACACACACACCUCUAAAAGUGGCUGUAAACAUCAGUCCCUUUUUCAGUUUUAAUCACUAUUGUACUUAUAUGUGUAUAUAAAAACACUAACUAAACGUAAUUUUAUACGGUAAUAAUAAUAAUAAUUUUGAUGCUCAUUAUCAUUGAAACCCAAACAGAUUUUAAAAAGGAAGCUUUUUUUUGGAUAUUAUUAUUAUUAUUAUUACUACUACUCCUAUUAUUACUACUACUGCAAUUGUUGUUGUAAUAUUUAUGUUGUACACUAAUUGUUUUUACAUUUUCUUUUUUAAAGUUAUUGCCAAUAUUGACCACUAAAUGGGGAGUGUGAGAUGUUGGAGUGACAGCGUUGUAAAAUGGGUUUAAUAAAAAACUACAAAACCCAGCA